AUGGCCGGAGAGAACAUCGUGGGCGCAGAAGGGAUAUGUAUAAUGAUGCUGGAUUCUCUCGCCCACAGAUACAACUUCACGUAUAAAUUGUUCCUGCCGUAUGACGGGAACUGGGGCGCCAUGACGUCCAACGGCUCCUUCAACGGGAUGGUGGGGAUGGUGCAGAGCCACUGGAUGGACUUCGCCAUGGCAACGAUCACCAUCACCCAGAUCAGAGAGACCGUCAUAGAUUUCACUCACGCCUUCUACGAGGAACCGACCGCCAUUCUCAUUCCUCCGGCUCGGGAGCAGAACAACUUCCUUGCUUUUCUUCAGCCAUUUACGUGGCAGGUCUGGACGCUGAUUCUGAUAAGCAUUUUGGUGGUCGGCCCAUUGACUGGCUUGCUUGUGAACUCUGUUGACUUACCUGUCUUGUAUCCACAUCGCCAAGAAAGCAGCGCCCGGCCCCUCGUUAGAUACGUGUGGGACUCUGCUUUCUGUUUGACUUCACAAGGAAACAACAUGAGGCAAUCAGAGCCGGCGCGCAUCCUGUCGGCCUUCUGGUGGGUGUACAGCAUCACCAUCAUCUACACCUACAACGGGACGCUCAUCGCCUUCCUCACGAUCCCGAGUCUCACGAACCUCAUCAACUCACUGGACGAGCUGGCGAAUCAGAGAGACGUGCUGUGGACGUACAGGAGUAACUCGGCCCAUGAGACGCUUUUUGCUAACGCGCCGGCCCCGGGGACUUAUAACAAAAUCGGCAAGCUUCUCGCAGAAAGGCCGGACCUUUUGGUCAGAACGGACCAGGACGGAGUGGAGGCGGUUCUUGGAGGUCACACUGCUUUUGUUAAGGUUUGUGCGCCGAUAAGGAUGGGCGAACUGGCACGAGUAUAG